AUGGCGCUUAAUCUUGAGAAACAUACGGAGCUUACCAUAGCAAUCCUGUAUAGCGGCCUUAUCCCCAUCGCCAGUAGUGCGCACCUACUAACAGCGCAGGUCAACGUUGCAAUCCACAUCACCUGCGUCCCAAUCCUACUGUUUACCGGGAUCGUACUCGCCUGCAACUGCCCGCCCUUCUUCACUCUCCCAGCCGCCAUCCAAAUCGAAUACCUGCCGGCAAAUGCCGGCACCAUUGGCGCCUUUAUUUACGCCACAUUUUAUGUCCUCCUAGAGCCCAUAGCCGGCGGCCUCCUCGCACCCGCUGUUAUUACAGCUGCAUACUACGGAAACUACUUCCUCAGCACACACGGCAGCAUCGUGAACUACUGGGCCGGGGGCAUACAUAUUGUGUCAUGGCUGGCGCAGUUCAUUGGACACGGCGUGUUUGAGAAGCGUGCUCCCGCCUUGGUGGAUAAUCUUGUUCAAGCUUUACUGCUUGCGCCGCUGUUUGUCUGGAUGGAGGUUCUGUUCUUCUUCGGAUAUCGCUCGGAGCUUAAGAAGCGGUUUGAGAAGGGCGUUCAGCUGGAGAUUCUGAAGUUCCGGAAGGAGGGGAAUGAGAAUGGCAAGGGCAAGGGGAAGGCGGCCCAAUAG